UUUGAACGAUUAGCAUGUUUAAGUUCGGUGCGAUUAGAUUAUUGCCUCGGAGCUGAUCAGCCGGCGCAGUUACAGUGAUUUAGAGUGCAAGUGCGCGCGCACGCCCAUGCGGUUUUUAUCGGAAGAGUGAUCUGUGGAUUAGAUAUCGCUCGUCUCGGUGGGUACCAAGCGAUAUUGGGCACUGGGGAGUUCGAUGUGAGAGGGAUUCAAUUUGUUGGCGAGCCUCGCGCAAGGUGCUAAUGCUUACCAUUAGUAUAUCGUGACCAGACCGGAGUGUGCGGUGAUAGCGAAAGUACGAUAGGUGGAUUGCGAGCGCUGAUUUGUUUAUACGCCUAUAUUCAAGCCCAAGUGGAUACACGUCGGCGUGCGUCCGUGCGUGACUGGAGGAGGUUGGAUCAAGGAGAUCGGGCGGUCAAUCACCGACUGGAGCUCGCGCACAACCACAGGUGUGGGUGUUUUGCGUUUUCGACAAACAAGGAUCGACACCGGAAUCAAUCACAUUGAGCGUGCGAAAGUGCGGAGGUGAAUUCAGUAUUCGCAGCUACGGAUACCAUUCAACGGCGAUCGGAUUAAGUGCCAGCGGAAAAAAUCUAGUUUUGAUCGAGAAUCGAAACAGCGAACAGCAACUGGUGCACGCGUUUGCGAAGUGAUCUCCUGAACUACGAAACGAAAGUGUCAUUGGUCGCGCGUGCGUGGUGGCAAGUUUCGGGCGUUGUCGGGAAGAAGUGUCUAAACGCGUCGCGAGUGAAAACGGUAAAACCAAGAAGAAGUCACGAAGAAAUCUAUCAAAGAAGAAUAUAAUCGAUUCCGAAGAAAUCCUCAUUCCAAAAUAAAGUGUGAAUUAAGUUUCAGUGUAAUUUUGCGAACGCAAAAUUCCAACGAAAGUGAAGUGACGAACCCCUUCCUCGAACGGGAUCUCUCAGCUGGUUUGUGAAUUAUUAUUGAUGAAUUGUGUUAUCAAACCUGAGCUACGUUAGUUACGAGAGUGAACGUUCGCCCCGUCGUCGUUACAACAACCAAAGGGAGGAGCCGGAAGGACAUUAGAACGAACGAUUACCACACAUGGUUCCAUUCUGAUCGCCACUCGACACGAUAGUCCAAAACCUCAAACCAGAGAGACGCACCUUCGAGUUCGUUCGCCUCUGAUUGGGCUGCUCCAUUCAUUAUUAGCACGUUUGUUGCAGCAAGCAGCAGCAGCAGAGCCAUGAGCGAUCUAUUGCACAGUGUCACCGCCACACCUGGAACCCUGCGAAGGGCCAAACGGGGUGCUUCAACCGUGGCCGGGCUGGUGGCUUCGCCCAUUUCCGAAGGUGGCGGCGGUGGUAGAUCGUCGCCCAAAACUAUUGUCGCCGAGGCAAAGUUUGAAGGACUCACGCUGGAGGGCGUCAACCAGAAUUUGGUGGACAUCAAGUCGGACGAUAACGAGGUGGAGCCAAUCAGUCGGGAAGAGGAGAUCAUCAAGAAGCGGAAAACGGAACUGAUCACCACCCGGCAGAUCGAAACGCGCGUCCAGCGGCAGCUCAAGUUCGAGGAUGGCAAAGUUAUCGAAGAUUCCGGCCCGAUCGUGUCCACCAACACCACCGAGGAUACCGACCGGCAGGAAACGGUUCAAACAGAGCAUCGCACUCUGGGCGACCCAACGGAGGAAGAAGUUACCAAAAAUGCGGCCGUCGAUUCCGACGGGAAGCCGGUUCCCAUCGGUGGCGGCGGUGCUGCCGGCGAUGGCGCUGGCGGUCUGCAAAACCUAGUCAGUGAUGCAAGUGGCGGGGCUGGGUUGACGACGAUGGCAACCGGCGGCGAUAGCAACAAACCAAAGACAAUCGGUGCCAUCGUGGCCCGACCCGAUGGGCUGCUGAAGAACAUCAAGGAAGAGGUGGAGGUCUCCCGGGAGGAAACCAAGGAGCGCACGGUGCACGAAGAGCGGAAGCACUUUGGCGAUUUCACCGAUGAUGCCUACCUGCGUGCCAUCAACAGCGGUGUGGACGACAUCCGAGAGCUGCUCCUGUCGGAGGAGGCCCGGCUCGAGCUAGUCCCGUCCGGUCCGCAGCUGGUCAGCACCAGCACCAAGUCGCGCAAGGUCAUCGACAGCGAGGACACCGACGUGCAGCUGCUGGCCCGCCCGGACGGAACGCUGGUCACCGAGAAAACCCAAACCCGCCAGCACGAGGUCGUCUUCGACGACGACCUGCCCGGGGACGAGCGGCUCAGCACCGGCAUCGAUGAGGUGGACAGUGCCGAGCGAAUUAUCGAUCAAAAGGCUUCGUCACAGCGCUACUUCAAGCAACGCGAUGAGCAGCACGUCGAUCUGAUAGGCGCCAACGGUGAAGUGCUCGGUAACGAAAUGCGCUACGCCGCCGAAACCACCCAGAUGGAGAAGGACGGCACCCGUCCGGAGAAUCUGAUAUCGGAGUGGGACAGUCUGUCGGAUCGGUUGCGUAAGGCACGCCGGCUGGGCCGGCAAUCCACCCCGAAGGAAGCGGCCAUCACCGGCACCGGUCUGCCGCCGUUGGUCGAUCGAACCGACGCCCUCACCAAGAAGCCACUGGACUUCGAUCGGGAGGACGAAACGCGGAAGAACGAAACGAACAAGUGGCUGGAGAGUCACUUCGGGAGUGAAUCGCGGUCCUCGCGGGGAUCGCGAGACGACCUGGACGAUAUUGUGGAGCCCACGAAGAAGACCUUUUUCAAUGUGACGAUCAAAAGUGGGGAUGGGGUUGACGAACGCGGAAGCAGUGGCAAUCUGUACAAGGGCCAUCCGAUAAGUCCGCCACCCAAGGUGAUGCCUCCUGAAAAGGAUGAGGGCACCGGGCGGAAGUAUUUUCAGGGGGUCAGUGAGUGGAACGAGAGAAACCGGUACGGACGAGGGUCGAGGGAAAAUUUAGUGGACACAGAUGACUAUGUUUAUCGAAAAGGAAAGGAUUACCGGCUGGACGAGGGGAAGAAUUCCUACAAAGAAGAUUCCGCGUACGUUUCGUCUUCGACGUAUUUCACAACGCCACGGUCACCGAAGCCGAUGAAGGAUAGUAAUUUCAAUGCCAGGUAUGCCAGGGACGCGCGAUCAGUUUCACCGGACCGCAUCGAGUUCGUUACGGAGGAACGGCCAACGGCCCCGCAGCGGAAGAAAGCACUGGAACGAAAGCUGACCAACGGCAGCGGAAUGCUGGCGAAACGCGCGCCACCCGAACCGCAAGUCAUAGAGUACGCACCGCGCAGCCGUUCGAUUUCACCCAUUCAGAUUCCCCCGGCGGCGACGACCUUGCGGAAGCCUUAUCAGAAAACCCGUUUCAGCAGUAUUCAAGAUCUAAGUCACCACACUUCCCGGGGGUCGGGGGUCAACACACGGGCCCAGAGUACCCCACCAAAGAGCAAAGUCGGUUCGGCCAUCGGCAACAGCAUUCGGAAGCUGGUCGGUAAGAUUCGAUCUGCCAGCGCCGAACGCAAACUGCGACUCAAAUCAUCGAUCAAGCAGCGUUCGCCCUCGCCGUCCUCCUCAGCCCACAAACGGAACAGCUCGUCCAGCGCCACAUAUCAGCAGUACAACGUCAUCGACAGUCACAUCGGUGGACGAGGAUACUCACCACCACCGCAAGGGGCACCAAACCAGUCGCAAUCGCAGCAUCAGCGAGUCGCCACCGCACCGAACGGUGUCAGUCACAAACCGAACGGCAACAUUUCCAGACGUGAUCGUGAUCGCGAGCGCGCAGAUCCCGCCAAUAUCAGCAGCAACAACGUCAGUUACGGUGGCAGUGGUCGUCGCGGGUCCUCCGAUAUCGUGUCCGAUAUGACAACCAACAGUGGUGGCGUUCCGACGCCGAAGCAGAAGUACUACCUCGGAGAGAAUCCCUACGGGGGCAGCAUCUUUGGCAAGGAGAACAAGUACGCGGACGGGUCGCGUGCGCAGGUGCGCGGCGCAGGGGACAGUAGCAGCCGGGGACAACCGCAGCGCAGCGAAGAACGGAUCGUGACGUCGUCCCACACGAGAAGCUAUAGUCAACCACCACCUCCAACGGCAACAACACUUGGUCGAUAUAGCAAAAGCACCAAUCGACUCCCGACGUCGACCAACGGCCACCAUGAGCAUCACACCUCCUCCUCAUCCUACAUGCAGCAAUCUUCCAACAACUCUCAAACCCUGCCCCGUAAACUCUAUGAGCAGAAACAGAAAGCCAAACCCCUUCACUCGUCCACCAUCAACGUGUCUAUCGUCAACACCGUCAGUCCCUCACCCCAGUCACCCCCGGCCAACACUGGUCCGGUCAAACCCGCUCGAACCUACAAAGCACUCAACCGAAGCAAAUCCUUUAACGUACACGGCCUCAACGGAACCAACGAUCCUAGUCCAAUCUAUCUGGAGAAGAUCACCAGGAACAACUACAACUCCUUCUAUCGAUCCAACUCCCAUCUGGACGAUCUCCAGCACACGCCCUCCCGCCACCAGAACGAAUCCAUGCAGCUCAAGAGUCCCUCCAUCGUCAAUCUAAUCAGCCGGAGCACCCGGGAUCUGACGCAGAGUCCCCUCUACGAAGACGAACGAGUGCAGUCGCGUACCGAGUACUACAACGAAUACUCCGCCAACAAGAAGAACGUCUUCCUCAAAAACCUCCAGAACCGGGCUCCGGAGCUCUACCGUACGCUGCAUGGUAGCAGCGCGUCGCCGGCCAAUGGCCGCGACUCACAGCACAACGGCCACGCAGGAAGCCCCUCGCGGGAGUACCUCAACACGUACAUCAGCCGGGAGCAGGAAUCCUCGCUGGGGUCCCGAUCGCCCAUCACCAUCAACAAGGACACGGCUGGCAUCGUGCGCCGCGGUAGCUCUAGCACCGACGACCACAACGAAAGCUACCGCAUAACGCAGAAUUCGGACGAUCCGCAACGCCCGGGGGUAACAAACACCGUCAGAAAUUUCAGCAAGAAGACCGUUCCCACCAAGGACGGCCGGGGUAUGCAAACCAUCGAGACGAGCGAGGUACGAACGACCAGCAGCAGUCGGUACCGGUCGGAACCUCCGGCAGCGCUCAAGUAUCAGGAGUUCCGUAACGGCCAUAACAACGGAAUGAACGGUGGCAGCAGCGGCGGAGUAGUAAUCGAACUGCGAGGAAAAUCUUAGGCAUUUCUGAGAGAAAAUUUGCAUAAUUUUUAUUCACAUUGAUGUCGGAUAUUAUGUUUAGACUGCGGAGUUGGAACAUGUUAUUCGGAAGGUGAUACAACUGAAAAAUGAAAAUGUUAAACAUACAUUAAAUAAGAUUUUCUCUCUGUGCCAGAUUUGAUGAAACUCUAUAAAUAACUUUAUAACAAUAAAACGCACCUGCGUUGGGAGUAAAGGAGAUGAACAUGACCUAUGAUCUUUGAAAUGAUUCAUUCAGGCGUCACGUUUUAAACAAUUGGGUUGUUUAGGGGUAUAUAUGUUUUUACAUAUUCUGAAUCUGCAUGAAAAACUGAGCCUAACUCCAAUUUUUCAGAAUUUUUGGAGCCCCGGAACUAUUUUUAAUUUGGAUUUUAAAUUUAUAUGGGACUAAAAAUUUGUUCUUAUGCUGCAUGGGCCAACUGUCAUUCUAUGAAUGUUAGUGUCAUUCUAUCGAUUAAAAUGGCUUAUUGUUUGCUAUACAAAAAUAAAAAUAAAAGGUUUACAAGCAAAAUAAAAAUAUGUUGGAGAUCAGAAAAGUAUGCUCUUUAUGUUAAACUAUAAAAAACCUCAUAUUUUUCUCUGCUCAACAACCCAAUUGUGUCACAUUUAGAACUUCUUUAAGAUUUAAAUCAGAAGAACACUAACAAACCGAUGGAGAAAUUGGCAACCACACCAAUCAUCAAAAGCAUGUUUUAACCAAGCAAAUUUAUAGGUAUUUAAUAUAACCUAGAACAGCCUUUAGGCAACGGUAAUCAAUGACCAUGAAAGUUAUCGUAAAAUAAAGUAACAUGUGUGUA